AUGUCUUUCCACGAGGGUAGUCCCCCUACUCCUACUCCUACCCCUUUGCCAGCAGCCCCAGAGGCAAGUCAGGCUGCCGCCCCCUCGGCGGUGAUAGAGGCCGCCGUCGCCUCCCCUACAUCGGCGUCGUCUCCUAUACCACAGAGUCGGCCUGCUAGCGCUGCCGCCAGUACGGCUACUAUCAGUACAUCGGGGGCUAAGGUUAGGCUCAAGGUGGAAGAAAUGAAGCAAUAUCUCGAUCAAGCCAAAUGCCUGUAA